UUAAUGGUAAUCGAUGUACUGGUGAUUUAGUUAUUAAGAAAAGGCGAAUACAAGCUCUUAAUUCAAAUGAGUUACAAUCAAAUAUUAAUCUAAAUCAUGGAUACUUUCUUGGUUGUACAUCUUGGAAGUAUGGUACUACUGGACACCGAUAUGUACUACUUACUGAAGCUAUUGAUCGCUAUUUAUUAAAAAAUUUAAUUAAUGGAAUGCAAUUAAAUCAAUCUGAAAUAAAUAAUAAUUGCAAUACUGUUUUAUCAAAUAGUUCUAAACGAUUAAUAUGCUCAUUUCCAUAUAUAGAUGAUAAUGGAAAUCUAAUAGAAGUUAAUUUAAUUUAUUUGUCAUGUGAUGUUACAUUUUAUCAGCUUACUCCAGUAGAUUUAAUUAAAUGUCCAUAUGUUGCUCUUGUGAGUAUUGGUGAACAUGCUCAUCCACCUCUACCACCUAGCCAUAUUUCAGAAGCAAUUAAAGAUCGUAUUAAUAAAAUGAUUAAUAAUGCUUCUGAAUAUUUGAAUCAUAUUACUCCACGAAAAAUUAUUUUAA